AUGUCGGUCUUUACCUUCGACCCCGACCCGCCCCGGGUUGCUUCUCCGUGGUUGCGGUCGGGAGAAGCUGGCAACUCUCCGACCCCAGGUUCGUUGCCGGAGCGGAAGGGACCUGUUGGCUUCGGGCUGCUAUCCGACUACGGAGUUACGAAGCUCGAGCCCGAGCCGCAGGAUGGCCCGACCGAGUACAAGCUUCACUUGCUGUUGAAACCACGGAGAAAGUAUGAGCGAGUUAGUACCGCGACUCGGAUCUGCGGGUCCACUCAGUCACGGCCAAACCCCGAUUCCAGGGCGUUGAAGCCGGCCCCGGUCAGCCCGGGACCCUCCGUCACUUCGAACCAAACACGCCAGGACCGCCUUGAACACCUCACCACCCAGCUUCUGUGGAGGCUGCAGCAAUCGUGCCCCUACCACGCUGGUGCUGCUUCUCCGGGCCUUGUCAUUCCCCAGUUGCCCGGUGAAAGCGCCCUCGAUGCUCCAGUCAAGGUGGGCAAGGUCCUGCCGGGGUUGGAGGCAUCAAGAGGAGCGCUGUACGAGAUCGGUGUGGCGGACGAUGGAACCCUCGCGGGGUUGACGGAAAAUGAGAUGCACGAGAGUCUCACCACCCUCCGUAUCAUGGCCGCCAGUUUGGGUUGCAAUGUGGACGUGCUCCGGAUGUUGGUCGUCGGAGAAUGCGAGUGGGUUGAGCCAAGCGGCACCGAAGGUUCUUCAGGCUCGGAAUCCGAGGGCGUGCCGCACCAGGCGAAAUUGUGGGUUGCCGAAGCUCUGGUCACGCCAGAUCUGCGGCCCAGAGAUGACCAGUCGCCCUCCGCGAGAUCGCCGGAUGCGGCGCGGCAGGCCGAGGCCUUACCAGACCCAAAACAAGGGCCGCUCACCACAGAUCAAUUGCGUGUUACGCUUACAGGGCCGACGACCUCGGGGAAGUCUACUCUUUUGGGGACUCUCUCGAGCGGAAUUUUAGAUAACGGCCGCGGAAAAGGUCGGCUUGGUCUUCUCAAACAUCUCCAUGAGGUGGCGUCUGGCAUAACGUCCUCCGUCACGCAGGAACUCGUGGGCUACAACGAUGGCGACAUCAUCAACUACGCUCACAGUGGGGUUGAGUCCUGGAUCGAUAUCCACGAUUUCACCAAGGAUGGCCGGCUGCUUUACCUACUCGAUUCCGCAGGCCACCCGCGUUACCGACGGACCAUUCUCCGAGGCAUCGUCGGUUGGGCACCCCACUGGACUCUCCUCUGCAUCGCGGCCGACAGCGCUGAACUUACUUCAGCCGCUGGGGCCACAUCCACUUCCCUAGAUGUACUAGGACCUACCGGUGCGGGUGUUGACCUCGCGUCCGCCCAUCUAGAUCUUUGUUUACGACUCGGCCUUCCCCUGGUGAUGGUCAUCACCAAGCUAGACCUAGCCAACAAGUCAAGCCUAUCUACGACCCUUAGCAAAAUCCUCUCAAGUCUGAAGCGUGUUGGUCGUGUACCUAAGAUGGUUAAAGGGGGUUCAGCAGGCGACUCUGAGCCAACGCGCGUGGCCGAGCUCGACAAAGCCGCCGUCAAGGACGCGCUAGACAGUAUGAAGGCGAGAAACGACCCGUCUUCCAUCGUCCCCAUACUCCUGACCAGCGCCGUCGAUGGGCGGGGAAUCGGCGCACUGCAUGCUCUACUUCAGGGCUUACCGCGGCCUCAAACACCGACCUCCUUCGAUUAUAUCGGUGCCGCCCUGAACCCCGAGCAGCCAGCUUGCCUAUUCCACAUCGAAGACAAGUUCAGCCUCCCCGCGUCUUACGCCCUCGCAACCAGCGACGCAAACCAACAAACCGACCUCGGCACCGUAGUGGCCGGAUACCUCCGCUUCGGCAGCCUCUCCAUCGGCGACAAGAUCGUGGUCGGCCCUUUCCCGCCGGACGACGACGACUCGCACGGCGCGACCCCCGAAGGGCGCGGCAUCGCCCUCCCGCACAGCUACGGCCUCUCCCCUUCCCACCUCUCCCCGUCGCACCCCUCCUCCGGCGACCUCAGCCGCACCGCCUCACGCAACGCCGUCUCCGCCUCGGCCACCAGCGGCGAGUGGCACACCGCCACCAUCGUCAGCAUCCGCAACCUGCGCCUGCCCGUCCAGACCCUCGCCGCCGGCCAGGUUGGCUCCAUCGGCAUGGUCUUUGACCACCACCACCCGCCGCUGCCAUCGUCGGCGCAGACCACCACAUCACCGACUAGCCACGAGGACGCCGGUGGCACCACCGCCGAAACGCCUAGGCUGCGUAAGGGCAUGGUCCUGGCCGUGCCUAGUCAGCAUAUGGUCGCGUCCGGGUUGUCGUUGCAAGCUGUUAGUGGGCUGACGGCGCUGUUUGAUGCGGAUAAUAGCGGGGUUGGCGCGCUGUCGGUGGGCGCAUUGGUUAAUGUCUAUGUGGCGAGUGUGCGGUCUGCUGCGCGGGUGGUGCGCGUGUCGAGGGUGGAGUCGCGGAAUGGUGGUGGUGGGGGUCGCACUGGGAAGGUGGCGAAGGACGAGAUUGAAGAUGGGCUGUUUGGGCUUGCGGAGGAUAUGGAGGUUGAGAGUGCCCUGGCGCUGGACGCGGCGGCGGCGGCGGCGGUGGAUGGGGGUGUUGAAGUGCAGUUGGAGUUGUUGUCUACGAGGGAAUGGAUUGAGCUGGGUUCGCAGAUCUUGGUGCUGGAGGGUGGGAGACAGGACAGGUCUGGGUUGGAGGGGUUUGUUGGGAAGGUUGUUGAGAUUGUGGAGUAA